GCAGCUGCGCCCAUGGCGUUCCGGAGCUCUGAGGCUGGCGUUGUGGGGUGCAGCGGGCCUUCCCCGCCCAGCGCCCGGGGCUGCAGCGAGGAGCGAGGCCAGGGCUCCGGCCGGGUCAAGGCGGCCCCCGAGCGGCCAGGCCCUGGCCUCCCGCGGAAUGUGCUCAGCGAGAGGGAGCGCAGGAAGCGCAUCUCCGUGAGCUGUGAGCGCCUGCGGGCUCUGCUGCCCCGGUUUGAUGGCCGGCGGGAGGACAUGGCCUCGGUCCUGGAGAUGUCUGUGCAGUUCCUGCGGCUCGUGGGCACCCUGCUGCCGGGCCAGGAGCAGCACACCGUUUUUGCUUCUUCCAAGGAGCCGUGGCACAAGUGGCAGAAGGACGUCACACAACUGGCUGUGUUGGGUCCGGCUGCAGCAGUGGCACCAGACUGUGGCUUGGGAGCGUGUGGCCUGACCAUGCCACAGGCUUCUCCAAACUGUGCCACUGCAGGAGUGGGUGAAGCCCCAUUGGGGGUGACUGAGGUGCUGGAUGGGCCACCAGCCCUCCCUGAGCCCUGCAGCCUGCUUUCCCAGCCCCCAGGCCCAAGUCCCUCCAAGGUCCUGAGGCCGCCCCCACCCUGGCCUGCCCACUCCUGGCAGCCAUCCUCCCCCCUGGUGAGCGAAGAGGCUCAGAGCUGCCUGUGCCAGGCUGGGGGGCCCUCGGCAGAAGGGGCCAAUUCCAUCAUGACGCUGGACCCCAGGCCUGCAGCGGGAUGUGAUGUGGAAGACGGGAUGUCCUUCUUGCUGAACGCCAGUCCUGACUGGUGGCUGGGGUCUCUGGAGGGCAGAGGCGCCGGUGUCCCUUCUCGGAGCACAGCCAGGAGCAGUCUGCUGGACAGGGCAGAGCCCAGCUUCCUGACAGACCCCGAGCCCGGCUCCCAGGAGCUCCUGGGCGGCCCCCUGGAGCCGUGGGGCUCGGACGUGGGCUGCCCCAGCCUGGCCCUGCGGGAGGAGGUGGACAGCAUCUUCCCUGACUUCUUUCCCUGCUAGGCCGGGGGUGCGGGGGACUGGGCCUGUGUUGCACAUGUGUGUCACACACCCUGAUGGCUUAUUUUGGGUUCGGGUGGCAGCUGUGCCCUGCUCCCACGUGGCUGGCGGGGCAACGGUGGUGGAGACUGAGAUUAAAGGCAGGCUGG